CAAAGUAAUGAACAAACGUCAUGUAUGUUAUAUGUUUAUGUAGCCAGGUGUGCAGUCAUUUACAGGCUGGCAUGGCUAAGCGUUUGCUCGCCAGGAUAUAGCACAAAAGUUUGUCAAAGUUAAUGUCAGACGGUUGAAUUGUCGGUCGGCUAGCGUUACAGUUAUCUAACGUCCAACAGCAGCAGCAGCAGCAGGAGGGGAGAUGAAGAUGUUAGCUGGUGGUUUUAUGAUGCUGGUGGUGCAGUUGCUGAGAGGUGCAGUGAAGCAUGCUGGGAGCAGAUCCCUGUGCAGUGUUGAGCAAUUGAUCUCAGCAGGACGUGGUAUCAGCUCGUCCUCACGAGAGUUAUCUGCUAUUGGGAGAACUCAGUCAUCAUCCUGCACAGAUACGGACCACCCCAAAGUCCUCAUCACGGGAGGACUUGGACAGCUGGGCGUGGGGCUUGCCAAGUUGCUUAGGAGGCGGUUUGGAAAGAACAACGUGAUCUUGUCUGACAUCCGGAAACCCCCCAACCAUGUCUACCAUAAUGGUCCGUUCAUCUUCUCAGACAUCUUGGACUAUAAGAACCUCAGGGAGAUUGUGGUCAACAACAACAUCAACUGGCUGGUGCACUACUCAGCUGUGCUGUCAGCUGUGGGAGAGAACAACGUCUCACUGGCCAAAGAGGUCAACAUCACAGGUCUCCAUAACAUAUUAGACAUAGCAACCGAACAUGGUCUGCGUGUGUUUGUCCCCAGCACGAUCGGUGCCUUCGGUCCAUCCUCGCCCAGGGACCCCACCCCUGAGCUGUGUGUGCAGAGACCACGCACCAUCUACGGUGUCUCCAAGGUCCACGCAGAGCUGAUGGGGGAGUACUAUCACCACAGGUAUGGGCUGGAUUUCCGCUGUCUCAGGUAUCCAGGCAUCAUCUCAGCUGACUCGCAGCCUGGAGGUGGAACCACAGACUAUGCCGUCCAGAUCUUCCACGCAGCCGUGAAAACCGGUCAUUUUGAGUGCAACCUGCACGGCGACACACGGCUUCCAAUGAUGUACAUUGAUGACUGUCUCAGGGCUACUCUGGAGUUUCUUGAGGCUCCGGCGGACACGCUGGUCAGCCGCACCUACAAUAUCAACGCCAUGAGCUUCACGCCGCACGACCUCACCAAGGAGAUACAGAAAGCCCUGCCUGACCUCAAGGUCACCUACAGUGUGGACCCUGUGCGGCAGGCUAUAGCCGACGGCUGGCCAAUGGCGUUAGAGGACAGCGCGGCGAGGCGGGACUGGGGCUGGAAGCACGAGUAUGACCUCCCAGAGUUGGUGCAGACCAUGUUGACUCACAUCACCACGGGAAACCAGCUGGCACAAGCAUACUGAGCCUUUUGUAGCAAAAAAUCUGUGAAAAUCAGCCAACUCCAUACAAAGCUUUACUUGAAAGUUUGUGACACUGAAGAUUUAAGCUUUUUUUUUUUAGAGAGAUCCUAAAUAUUAAAAAAGUAACAUAAUCAGACCACCAGUUUGACAAUGAAAGUUACAUAUAAAUCUCCAGAGGCAAAAACAUUCCAUAUCAUUCAGUAUAUUUUUGAUUAGAUUUGUGAUUUUCAUCUCAUUUUUCUUUUUCCUCUCCAUUCUCUGACCAUCCAUCAUCAUCUGGGAUCGGAGCUUUUGUGUGAAGCUUAAGAUGUGCUUCACUGAAUGUACUGUAUGUGUGUAUUUACGUCCUUGUCGUGUUGUAUCUGUAAGUAUACAGAUGACUGUGUGAGCAGGAACGCGUAGCAUCUGUUGUAGCUGAACGCUUGCCUUAGGGGGGGGCACUUCUGCCGUCCUGGCAACCAGUUGGCCUUUAGUAAGAGCUGCACUCCAACUGGUCACCAAUAUGUACUGUAACCAUAAACACUGAAAGGCUUUACUGUGGGUACUGUUACUACAGAAACUGCUGAAGUAACCCUAGCUUUAACUGAAAUUGCCUGCUGCAGUUUUCUCUUGUGAUAGUUUCAGGAAGGGAAACCGAUCAAAGUAAAUGUUUGAGUUGAACUAGACCAGCUUUUAAGAGCUACUUGACCUCACUAGUGUGCUUUUAUGUAUUUUUUUUCUUGUUGUUUCAUUUAUAUUUAAAUAUUUUUUAUUGUUGCUGUUCUGUUCUGUUUAGAAGCUGCAGCCUGGGUGCUAAAUAUUUAUGAAUGUUGAAUCAAUGAAGGCAUUAGCAGCCAUUUUAUUUAAGGAAAGUAGAGCUCUCUGUUAGUUUUUGUAAAUGUUGAUGUUAUUUAUAUUGCCAUUAUUUGCUUUUCUGGUUAAAUCAAAAGGACUUUUCUAAAUAAAUCCUUGUUUGAAACCAU